AUGGCGCACCAUCUCGCCACCUCGCCACCUCGCCACCUCGCCACUUCCGCCUCUGCUUCAACUGCACGUAUCAAUUUUCACAAGACCCAAGUAUUUUCUCUGUCGGGGUUUCCUCACAGUCGUUGGAUAAACACCCUUUACAGCUUACAGACUGUUGACUAUCAGGAUAACCACUCUCCUGAAUCUAUUCGCUACCUUGGCUCCCUAGUCAUUUCUUUUCUCACUCAAUGCAACCCCUUCUGCUCACAAAUACUAGCCAUGAUAGAGCAUAUCUUACACAUCCUCCUCUUCAGUGCCUCGUCUAUCCGCAGUCGCACUGCCGUCCUAAGCUCUUUUAUCCUCUCAAAACUCUUGCAGGUUUUUCAUGUUUUAUUUGUUCCCGAUACCUUUUUCGCAAAUGCUGAACAUCUCAUGACCCGUUUUCAUCAACACCGAAGCUUCAUCCCAUUAAAAUGA